CGCCGCCAUCUUGCUGUACGGAAGAGAACAGGCUGCGGCCAUUCCGUUGUACGGAACGUCUUUGCAGGGGGUCGCCAUAUUGGUGUGUGAGCAGCUGUGCCGUCUAUGUGCAGUAGCGCUGUAGGUGACUGAUUCCUUAGGUGUACACCUGAUUCCUGCCCCUCACUGUCUAAAGAAACAUAUAUCAUGAGAACAUUUAUUAAAUCAUGGAUUCCUCAGUGUUUGUGGACUCUCAAGUCACCUUCCAGAACAUUCCAUGGAAACAGCAGGCUUUUUACGUCUCAGAUUCUUUCCUAUUAUGAAUCAAUAAACCAGGGCAAAAAGGAACUGCCAGAAUAUUUCAACUUUGCAAAUGAUGUCUUAGAUGAGUGGGCACGACUGGAAAAGGAUGGAAGAAAACCAGCAAACCCAGCUUUUUGGUGGGUCAAUGAUGAGGGAGAAGAGGUGAAGUGGAGCUUUGAGGAGCUGGGCUCUCUGUCCAGGAAGGCAGCCAAUGUUCUUUCUGAGGCCUGUGGUUUGCAGAGAGGAGACAGAGUUGUAGCAGUUCUGCCUCGUGUUCCUGAGUGGUGGCUCCUCAACGUGGCCUGCAUGCGAGCAGGAUUUGUCUUUUUUCCAGGAACACCCCAACUAACAGCCAAAGACAUCUCAUACCGACUCCAGGCUUCAAAGGCCAAGUGCAUCAUUACCGAUGACACGCUGGCACCUGCAGUGGAAUCUGUCCUGCCAGGCAGCCAGUUCCUGAAAAGUAAACUCAUUGUAGGCCAAGGGAGCAGGGAUGGGUGGCUGAACUUCAAAGAACUCCUUGCGGUUGCAUCUGCUGACCAUCAAUGUGUUAAGACAAGGAGUCAAGACCCAAUGGUAGUUUAUUUUACCAGUGGAACUACGGGCUUCCCAAAAAUGGUGUUGCACACCCACAGCAGUUAUGGCAUUGGAUUUGCAAUCAGUGGCAGGUAUUGGAUGAACUUGACUCCUUCAGAUAUAAUGUGGAAUACCUCUGAUACUGGCUGGGCAAAAUCAGCCUAUGGCAGUGUUUUUGGACCAUGGAUCUGUGGAUCCUGUGUCUUUGUUCACAAUAUGCCAGUGUUUAAACCAGAAGUCACUGCAGAGACUCUCUCAAGGUACCCCAUCACCACCUUCUGCACGGCUCCCACUGCCUUCCGCAUGCUGGUCCAACAUGAUGUGAGCAGCUACAAGUUCACGAGUCUGAAACGCUGUUUAACUGGAGGGGAAGGACUGAAUCCUGAAGUGUUUGCAAAGUGGAAAAUCCAGACAGGGCUGGAUAUCCGUGAAGGUUAUGGCCAGUCUGAAACAGUGGCAAUCUGUGCCAAUCUGGAGGGAAUGAAAAUUAAACCCGGCUCUUUGGGAAAAGCCGUUCCCCCUUACGAUGUGCAGAUCGUAGAUGACCAAGGGGCUGUUGUGCCUGCAGGACAAGAGGGCACCAUUGCUGUCCGAGUGCAGCCCACACGACCCUUCUGCCUCUUCUCCGAGUACUUGGAUAAUCCAGAGAAGACUGCUGCCACAGUGUGUGGAGAUUUUUAUCUCACUGGGGACAGAGGCACUAUGGAUGAAGAGGGAUACAUCUGGUUUGUUGGAAGAGGUGAUGAUAUCAUUAAUUCUGCUGGGUACCGCAUUGGCCCGUUUGAGGUGGAGAGUGCACUGAUAGAGCACCCAGCAGUGGCAGAGGCGGCUGUGGUCAGCAGCCCCGACCCAGUGCGAGGGGAGGUGGUCAAAGCCUUCAUUGUUUUAGCUCCUGCUUUUGUAUCACACGAUCCUGAAAAAUUAACUCUUGAACUUCAACAGCAUGUCAAGAAGGUGACUGCACCUUACAAGUAUCCAAGGAAGGUGGAGUUUGUUCAGGAUCUGCCAAAGACAGUCUCUGGGAAAAUCCAGAGAAAGGUUCUAAAGAACAAAGAGUGGGCAAAAGUAUCUGGAAAAGAGUGAUCUGGAAAACAACGAGAGAAAUAUUCCAUUAUCUGUACCAACCAUAACACAUCUAACAUGGCACGUGUUUAUGACCCAGAACAUGUGGAAACUUUGGGAAAAACCAAGUGUGGAAGAAAAAGUGAAAAUACUCAUAUGGAUUGAGGAUAUGUGGCAUUGGAACCACUUUUGCCAUCGACCUACAAAUUUUUCAGAAGGAAGGCGUUGCAAGUAAUUCACGGUGUGGAAUGGGAGAGAGAAAGGACAGACUCAAGUGCAUAUAAAGGUUUAAUUUUUUUACUUUAAUUUGUAUAAACAGCUUGCUUACCAAAAAAAAAAAAAAAAAAAAAAAAAAAAAAAAAAAAAAAAAAGUAGGUG